UCGAUUGGCCGUCGUCGCGAUCAGUUGAUACCUUCGUUGCUGCGAAGGUCGCCUAGCGGUUCGCCAGUUCAGCUUCGAGCGUGAUUUUUUUUUCCGUUUAUCAAUAAUUAAUGUGAUCAGUUACUUUGGGCAGUGUUGUUCAAAAAAUCGACUGACCGCCAAAUUUUGGGAAACUUUGAAGAGCAUGUACCCGGUAAAGUGGACCUCGUUCGAAUCAUCAUCAGCCACAAUGACAUCCCCAGAAAGCAAUGGCGCUUUGAACAAUAAUACAGCCACUCAAUCUAUUACGGCUAAAUGGCCUUCCUACUAUCGGCAUCCAUUCCGAACGGUGAAUCAGUGGCUGCUGGGAAAACGCCGGGAUGACGAUACUGGGGGCCUCUGGCGUAUACACGAUUCGCUCUAUGACCUCACGGAGUUCAUCAACCUUCACCCCGGGGGAGCAGACUGGAUAACCUGCACUAAGGGAACUGAUAUCACGGAGGCCUUCGAGGUUCAUCACAUCGGAGGCCGAGCGGAACAACUGCUGCCAAAAUAUCGAGUCCGAGCGGCUGAAGCCCCUCGCUUUGUGCGAUUCACUUUCGACGAUAGUGGAUUCUAUAGAACGCUCAAACGUCGAGUUCAGGCCAAGCUAGCGACGAUCGACAAACGUGCCGCUCGAACUUCGGAGGUGAUUUUGGAUUCACUUUUGUGUGCCUCGUUCAUUCUGGCCUGCGUGGCCAUCAAUCGCCAUAGUUAUCUGUUGGGGGCAUUGUGUGGGUUAUUUGUGGCCUGGACGAUGAUCGGCGCGCACAACUUCUUCCACCGGAAGGACAACUGGCGGAUGCUGGCCUUCAAUUUGGCUUUCUUCAGCUACAGGGAGUGGCGAGUCGCGCAUGCCAUUUCACACCAUUUGUUCCCCAACUCGUUGCUUGACCUGGAGAUAUCGUUGUUCGAGCCAUGGCUGUGUUGGCUGCCGAGUUCAGCCAGAAAGAAUCUCCUACAAAGGUUCGGAUCGUGGGUGUAUGGCCCGAUAGUAUACGCUGCGAUGUUUAUUUUUGAAUUUGGGAAAAGAUGGCUAGAAAUGAUGUGGACGAGAAAAAGCUCAUUCCAUGCCGAUGAUGCAAUCUUUAUACUCUUGCCGCUCACCAUGUGGAUGACCAGCAAUACUUGUUUUUUGAUUGUGCUAAAAAUGUGGUUCCUCAUAGUGCUGGUUGCGAGUUUCGUUUUCGGAGCUAUCGGAGUAAAUGCGGCUCAUCAUCACCCGGAAAUAGUGCACUCUGGAGAUUUGAUACCAGCGGAUAUCGACUUUGGCGUGUACCAACUGGCGUCGAUCAUUGAUCGUGCCGAUGUGAGGGGAUCGCACUUCAGAGUGCUGGUUAGCUUCGGCGAUCAUAGCUUGCAUCAUCUCUUCCCGACGCUGGAUCACGGAAUAUUGUCGCAGCUGUAUCCGGUAUUCUACGAAACUUGUGCUGAGUUUCAGUUAGAGCACCGUGAGCAGUUCAUGCUGCAGGCGGUCAUUGGGCAACAUCAACAGCUAGCUCGAAUCGAGCCAAAUAAUUUCAUGCCUUCGAAACAGAAUUAUAAGUGACGGGAUCAUGAUAUUUCAAGUAUGUACAUAUUUUUGGCUGUGGAAUAGGAUAAGCAAAGGAAAACUCACAUGUCUAAAAUGAAAUUAAGCUAAGCAGCUUUAUCUUAUUUAUUCUUAAACAAAUAUACAUAUACAUGUUGUUUUGGAACAUUAUCAUGAAACAAGUAAAUAGAGAACAGAGUAAGGUGGAGCAAGAGUAUUCGAUAAUUUGACAGCUUUUCUUUCGUUAGUGCAAAUAUAUUUGUCUGAUUUCAAAAUAGGCCGAGAAAAUCUAAGCAGCAUUUUCUUUCUCGAUUCGUUCACGUCCGAUCAAUCAUCAACAUCUCGGCAUUAGCUGCCAAGAUGCGACGCAUUACUUGCGUCAACUCUGAAGCUUCAUCUAUUGGGAUUGAUAUUGUGCUACAGUUGUUCUUGAGUGAAAAAAUGAAAACCGUUCUACUCUAUCCAAAUGACCGACUGGUCGGUUUUAUCUGAAAAAGGUUUUUUUUUCAUUACUAGACGGUAAUAAUUCGUCAAGCUUUCGAUAUAUAGACUGCUCACUUUCAGACUGAGAAAUAUUAUUGAUAAGUUAUGGUAGUUCGGAAGUGGUCGAUUCAGAGUGUAACAGCAUUCAGUUUGUAUUGCGUCUGUUAAUUCUACCUAAUUAUGGGCAAAAAAAUCAAUUUUUUACACGUAAAGCCUUUAGUAAGUAUUUAGAAGAUAUUCAGAUGAUAUUAACAACACAACCCGAGCAGGAGAAAUCGGCUCAAUAAUGCUUGAUUCUGUUUUUGAUACCAUAGUAUGUUAUGAACUAGCCCUGCAUAAGAGGUAAAAUACCAAAGGAAUAAAACCAAAAACUAAUAUGCACAAUACUUAAGCCAAAAAAAACUCAGUUAUUAAAUUGAAUAUCAAUACCAAAUGCAUAACCAAUUAUUAUUCGUUUGGUAUUGAAAUACCUAAGCAUGGUAUGCCUCAAGUAUUCUGCAUAUAAAUUUUUGGUAUUAUUUUUUGGUAUUUUACCUCUUAUGCAAGGCUAAAUCAUACCAAUUUCUGUUAUCGAGGUCGUCGCUCCUGCUCGGGAAUGAAACACCUUUGAUACACCAUUCUCUGGAAUCGACUACUACUUAGACUUCAUGAAAGUGGCUCUUAGUAAUUGUCGAAUGUAAAAUUGAAAAUGUACUAGUACUAAUCAAUCGAUACUCUUGCCUCAUCGAAAGAAAGGUAAAUGUUCCGCUUAUUAUUUUAUAUGGACUCAUAAAUAUAGGGUUACUUGGGUUUAAGAUCAUGUACGAAGCUAUGCUAUAACAAAACAAAGAAUUGAUGCGCUUGUUUCUCAUAUUUUUGUAAUUUUUUCAGCAAAGAGCACGUAAGGUAACAGAAACGGAACGUACAUAUUUUCCGACUUUUGUGGACUUUUUGUAGGAUUCGACCGUUCCCGGGAUAGGUAGGAUUGAAAUUGAACUGUUCAAUCUGAUUAGGACAGAUCAUCCUCGAAGUAGCGUAGGAAUCCAAACAAAAAUGAAUCGAAAAUUGAUUCAGAUUAUUCAAUCAAACUGUGAAUGAGUAUUCGUAUAUGAUAUAUUGUUCAAAAUAUUCCAUAGAAUACAUAGAUGCUAUAUAUACUAUUUAAACUGAAUAAACAUGCUAUUGAA